CACCAGAGCAACCCAGUGUGGUAUUCUCAUAAAAGAAACUCCACUGGUUGAGUGUUCUUAAGCACAACAGAGUUUUUUGGGAAGUUUUCAUAAGAAACUUCACCAACGCCUUGAAAAUAUAUAUUUUUUAGUAUUUCACUGCCUUCUUUGUGCUAAAUUGGAUUAAUAAUGGAGUUGUGAAUCGCCGGGACAACAGAGGAAAUGAGACCCGCCAGUUGUAAGUUUGUGGAGCUUCAUGUGCUGUUUGUGCCAUGUGACCAGUGGAAUGUGAAACUCAACAAAAUCUCAGCCAAAGCCACAGAGAGCUUCAUAUCUGCUGGCUUUAUCAGGGUCUAUCCUGAUAUCACAUUGAGAACUCUGCGGGCUGAGCUGGCUGCUUUCCUUGGCGGUGAGAAGGACGUCAAUAAAUUCUCUUUUCUGAGAUGCGUGGGCCAAAGUCUGGCUGUGGUGAAAAGCAGUCAAGAGAAAGACCUGAAAGUGAAAACAUUUGCACCUCCUUACGCAGCUCAGCCAGAGCUUUACCUGCUGCCUGCUGUGGAGGCAGACAGCAGCUUCUGCUCUCGUUCCGUCACCACGGAUACCAGCAGCAGCUCCCCGGAGCAGCAGAUCUGUUACCAGCCUCUAAAGUUGUGUGGCGUGCCGACUGGGACAAAGAAGCCUGUUAAAUUCCCCCACAUUCCUCCGUGUUCCCAGCAGCUACCUCCUCCCUCUGAGCUGGAAGAGGAGGGCGAAGAGGAGGAGGAGGAAGACGAUCGGAGCUGCAGCUCCUCAGAGGGUGAGGUUGAGGAGGAAGCUCUGUGCUGCAUGAGGAGAACUGAACAGGAGGAUCACACAGUGAAGCCUCAGAGCCACAGAGCAUUGCAGCUUGUUUCAAUGAAAAAAGCUUUAGACAGAUGUGAAGCUGCUGCAGCUCAGGUGAGGUGGUUACCUCACAGAGAGGAAACCUGCUCAAAGACGAAACACAGAGACGGACUUUCAGCCGAGUGUCUCGAGGGCCAAGAUCCAGGCGUGUCCCUCAGAGACAGAAACUCCAAAGACGUGCACGCUCUGACGUCCUUGAGGAACAAACCCACAGCUGGGGUGUGUGGAGGUUUAGAUUCAGUAAAACCUGCCUCUCCUGUCACAAACAGAGAGGAGCUAAUCGAGACACUCAAACUAGUGAAGGAGGAGAGACGGGAGCUGGAGUGGACAAGACAGCAGCUCCUGAGGAAAGGGAAGGACUUGUUGUCUCAGAACAGGCAUCGCAGGAACCAAGCACGUGACAGCUGGAAGAAGAAAUACUUUGGAACCAAGAAGGCCACAGCACCUCUGGAGGACAAACUGAGACAGCUAAAACUAGAACUGGAGACACUUUACAACAAAGCCCUGCACCAGCUGCAAAUCAGGAAGAGCUUAGGAAAACCACUGAGACAAGGGAGGACAUCAGGAAAGAACGAGCUCAUCAUUCAGAUCAUGAAGGAGAACUUUGAGAUCGACAACAUGAAGAGGAAAGUAGAAGAUGCAGAAAUGAAGCUGAUAACGGAGAUGAAGUUGAGGAAGCAGGCAGCUACAGAGCUGGGAGCGCUGAAGGUUGAGCUUGCUCAGAAAAGGAGUCAAUCAUCAUCCUGGACUGACGGGAAACACGGCACGGGAAAAAAUGCAAGUGUCAUCGACGACCUCUCUUCUGGGUUCUAACAGUGUUGCACACGUGUGAAGCUUUCUGUGAAAGAGCCAGGCAAGAUGGAGGAACCACCAACGGAGGAACUGUUGUCACAUCAGAAACAAGUUAUUCAGUUCUGCUGCAGUAAGGGCAUUUCUACUGGCAUUACCUCUAUAACUGCAUGCUACACAAUUCCCAAAAAAACAGACAAGCUAAAAAACAAAGAAGCUUAAGAGCACAGGAGAUAAUGAUAAUUCAUCCAUUUUCAUCCGCUUAUCCGGGGUCGGGUCACGGGGGCAGUAGCCUAAGGUGAGAGGCCCAGACUUUACUCUCCCCAGCCACUUGGGCCAGCUCCUCCGGGGGAAUCCCAAGGCGUUCCCUGGCCAGGUGAGAGACAUAGUCCCUCCAACGUGUCCUGGGUCUUCCUUCAGGCCUCCUCCCGGUUGGACGUGCCCAGAAAACCUCACCAGGGAGGCGUCCAGGAGGCCUCCUGACCAGAUGCCUGAGCCACCUCAACUGGCUCCUCUCGAUGUGAUGAUGAUAAUAAUAAACUAUAUUUAAAUGGAGUUCAAAGUGAACAAGUACAUGAAAGGAAACUUAGUUAAAAACCACAUGUUGAAUAUAUCAAAUAUCAAGUGUCCAAAUCUAUUUCAAUACUCUACGAAAUAAACAAAACAGCUUUGUUUUUGA